AUGAAGGCUCUCUUCGUUCUGGGGCUUCUCCUCCUUUCUGCCUCUGUCCAGGGCAAGACGUUUGAAAGGUGUGCAUUGGCCAAAACUCUGAAAAACCUUGGAUUGGAUGGCUACAAGGGCGUCAGCCUGGCGAACUGGAUGUGUUUGACCAAAUGGGAGAGUGGUUAUAACACAAAAGCUACAAACUACAAUUCCGGACCCCAAAGCACCGAUUAUGGGAUUUUUCAGAUCAAUAGCCGCUACUGGUGUAAUGAUGGCAAAACCCCAAAUGCAGUUAACUCCUGUGGUAUAUCCUGCAGCGUUUUGCUGCAAGAUGACAUCACACAAGCUGUGAAGUGUGCAAAGAAGAUUGUCAGUGAUCAAGGAAUUACAGCAUGGGUGGCAUGGAAAAGCCAUUGUCAGGGCAAAGAUGUCUCUCAGUAUGUUCAAGGUUGUGGAGUUUAA